UGGGGAAGUCGUCGUCGUCUCUCCUAAGUGUGCUUGUUGUGCAGCGCUGCCUGUCCUUGUGAGUGCGGAGAGGAGAUGGGCCCGUGAGCGCCGCUUCCUCUCACAGCUGAGCUGCCUGAGCCACCCCUUCUCCCUCCCUUCCCCGUCCUUGGUCAGAGCGCUGCUUCCCCCUCCUCCCUCGGCGGCGUCCGUGGCCCGGCCGCGCCCUUUUGGUCCCCUCAGUCUCUCACACACAGACCGGGCAUUGAUGGUAAUGUAUGCGAGGAAACAGCAAAGACUCAAUGAUGGCUGUCACGACCGCAAGGGGGACUCGCAGCCCUACCAGGCUCUUAAGUACACAUCAAAGAGUCACCCCAGUGGUGGUGGUCACCGGCAUGACAAGAUGCGAGACUCCACAGACCCUUCACCACCAAAUAAAAUGUUGCGGCGAUCCGAUAGUCCUGAAAACAAAUACAGUGACAGUACUGGACACAAUAAAGCUAAAACCAUUCCUGGUCACAGAGUUAGAGAAAGGGAUGGUGGGACCAGUUAUUCUCCACAAGAAAACUCUCAUAACCACAGUGCUCUUCAUAGCUCAAAUUCACAUUCUUCUAAUCCUAGCAAUAAUCCAAGCAAAACAUCUGAUGCAUCUUAUGAUUCUGCAGAUGACUGGUCUGAGCACAUUAGUUCUUCUGGCAAAAAAUAUUACUAUAACUGCCGAACAGAAGUUUCACAGUGGGAAAAACCGAAAGAAUGGCUUGAAAGAGAGCAGAGACAAAAAGAAGCAAGCAAAAUGUCUGUCAACAGUUUUCCAAAAGAUAGAGAUUACAGAAGAGAGGUGAUGCAAGCGACUGCUGCAAGUGGGUUUGCUAGUGGAAUGGAAGACAAGCAUUCCAGUGAUGCUGCUAAUCUGCUCCCACAGAAUAUUUUGUCUCAGACAAGCAGACACAAUGACAGAGACUACAGAUUGCCAAGAACAGAGACUCACAGUAGUUCUGCCCCAGGACAACAUCCCAUCAAAACAGUGGUUCACCCUUCUACCACUACAAGUUCUGUUCCUCCUAGUCCAUUUUCUCUACAGUCAGAUCAUCAGCCAAAGAAAUCAUUUGAUGCAAAUGGGGCAUCUUUAUCAAAACUGCCUGUGCCCACUUCUUCCAUCCUUUCACAAAAAACAGAGAGAAAAAAUUUGUCAGAACCUUUGUCUAUGGACAAGUCUGUAUCCCACUCAUGUACAACUCCUACACCAUCUGCUUCUGGAUUAAAUCUACCUUCUGCACCAGCUUCAUCUGCUUCUACUGUCCCUGUUUCACCUGUUUCACAAUCACCAAUUCCUCCAUUACUUCAGGACCCCAAUCUCCUUCGACAGUUACUACCUGCUCUUCAAGCCACCUUGCAGCUUAAUAAUUCUAGCAUAGAUAUAUCCAAAAUAAAUGAAGUUCUUACAGCUGCUGUGACACAAGCUUCUCUGCAGUCUAUUCUUCAUAAAAUUCUCACUGCUGGACCAUCUUUUAAUAUAAGUUCCCUGAUUACACAAGCAACACAGCUUUCCACACAAGCUCAGUCAUCUAAUCAGUCCCCAAUGUCUUUAACGUCAGAUGCUUCAUCACCAAGAUCAUAUGUAUCUCCAAAAAUAAGCACACCUCAGACUAACACAGUUCCUUUGAAAUCUGUAUCAUCACAGCCAAAGGUUGCUACUUCAGGUAUUAAGCAAGGACCAGUUUUGCAGUUAGUGUCUCAGCAGCCUGUGAUUGCUGAGAAACCACAAGGUCAUGAACCUGCUUCUCCUCGAAGUCUUCAGCAUUCAAGUAGUCCAUCUCCUGGUCCAACUCAUACCUCAAACACAACAGCACUGCAAAAUGUAUCUGGAUGGCCUACAUGUUCAUUAACUCCUACAUUAGCAGGUCAUUUCAAUGAGAAUCUUACAAAGCAUGUCCAAGGAUGGCCUGCAGAUCAUGCAGAAAAGCAGGCAUCCAGAUUGCGUGAAGAAGCUCAUAAUACAGGAAGUAUCCAUAUCUCUGAAAUUUGUACUGAAUUAAAAAACUUAAGAUCUUUAGUUCGAGUGUGUGAAAUUCAAGCAACUUUGCGCGAGCAAAGGAUACUCUUUUUGAGACAACAAAUUAAAGAACUUGAAAAACUAAAGAAUCAGAAUUCCUUCAUGGUGUGAAACAUAUGCGUUUUGAAUACAAGUCUGUAAAACAUGUUGCCCAGUCUUAACUUUUUUGAGCUGCAUUUGAGAAGACUGGACCAUUGAGUUGGGCAAUACAAAAUAACAUGGGAAAGGAGAAAGGAAGGAAAGUCAGUCAGGAGAAAAAUACAAGGAUUUGUAAAACUCUUGAAAUGUAGAUUUCUUGUAGAUGUAUUCUUCAUGUUGUAAAUAUGUUUUGUAGAGUGAAGCCAUGGGAAGCCAUGUGUAUCAGAGUUUAGACAUCCAAAAGUAAUCAAUGCUAAGAUGGCUAAAUAUCUAGCCUUUUACAUGUAAAACUGUUUGCAAAAUUAGUUCUCUUUUUUUAGUUUAUCAUUCAGAAAUCUUUCAUUUCCUGAAAUUCAGUGCAAGCACCAAAUGACCUGUGUCUCAAAAGUUUGAAACAGUUAUGGUAAUAUAAAAAAUAUCAUGAAAUAACUGUUUCCAUGCUUGCACCUGAUCAAGAAUAGUGCUUUUCCAUUUGUUUUACAGAGCAGUGUGUUUCAUUUUCCUGAUUCCUGAUUCUGAUUUUAUCAGUUUUUUUAAUUCUUCUAAUUUCUUCCUUUCAUAAGGCACUGUUGCUAUGGCAUUUUUCUAUAAAGUUUUCAUUCCUGUGUACAGUAGCUUAAAAUUGCAGUGAUUGAGUAUAACUUACUUGUUUGUAUAAAUUAUUGAAAUGUAUUUCCACUUGCAUCCUGAAAGAAUGGACUGAUACUACUACUGGGCACAUGUGUUUGGAAGUACUUCCCUUUCUCAGCUUUAUAAGAAAAUAGCCCAAUAUCAACAUGGUUGUGGGAGGGAAAAGAAGGAAAAAGCUAGUCAGAUGUGAAUUGUAUCUGUUGUAAUAAACAUGUUUUAAAACAAAAA